AGCACAGAGCCGCGCAGAGACCCGACUGUGGCACGCUGCAGGUCUGCGUCCGUGUGCUUUUCUCUCUCUCGCUUUCUGGUGUUUGGCUCUUCCAGGAAGCAAACGGCUCACUGAGCAUCCAUUGCGAGGUUCCCCCUUCAAUUUCUUUUACACCGCUUUCUCACAUGCCGCCGGGGGUAGGGGACGCACUGUGACCGACCAAGCAGCGAUGAAUAUGGCGUUUAUUGGGGACGCGGACCCCUUCACCGCUUCGAUACCUGCCACCAAAGUUGAACUGACGGUCUCGUGUAGGAACCUGCUGGAUAGAGACACGUUCUCCAAGUCAGAUCCAAUUUGUGUCCUGUACACUCAAGGAAUAGCCAACAAGGAAUGGAGAGAGUUUGGUAGGACAGAAGUCAUCGACAACACCCUCAACCCCGACUUUGUCCGCAAGUUCAUCCUUGACUAUUUCUUCGAGGAGAGACAGAAUCUACGCUUUGACCUGUAUGAUUUAGACUGCAAGAGUGACAACCUCUCCAGACAUGACUUCCUGGGCCAGGCCUUCUGCACACUGGGUGAAAUUGUCGGCUCCCUGGGAAGCCGCUUAGAAAAACCUUUGACUGGAAUCCCAGGAAAGAAAUGUGGCACUGUCAUAGUGAGAGCAGAAGAAGUGAGCAACUGCAGGGAGUCAGUGAUGUUACAGUUUUGUGGGAACAAGCUGGAUAAGAAGGAUUUCUUCGGAAAAUCAGAUCCGUUUCUUGUGUUUUACCGCAGCAACGAGGACGGAUCGUACACCAUCUGCCACAAAACAGAGGUGGUGAAGAAUACUCUGGAUCCAGUGUGGCAGGCUUUUAAAAUUCCCGUCAGGGCGCUGUGUAAUGGUGACUAUGACAGGAGCAUUAAGGUGGAGGUGUACGACUGGGACAGAGAUGGAGGCCACGAUUUCAUCGGAGAGUUCAGUACAAGCUACAGGGAAAUGUCCAGAAGCCAGUCACAGUUCCACAUCUAUGAGGUGCUAAAUCCAAAGAAGAAAGGGAAGAAGAAGAAAAAGUACCAAAACUCAGGAACGGUCACUCUGCUGUCCUGCCUGGUGGACACUGAGCUCUCUUUCCUGGACUACAUCAGAGGCGGGACUCAGAUUAAUUUCACAGUGGCAAUUGAUUUCACAGCAUCAAACGGCAACCCAUCCCAGCCCACCUCACUCCAUUACAUGAGCCCUUACCAGCUAAAUGACUAUGCCAUGGCACUGCGGGCUGUCGGCGAGAUCAUCCAGGACUACGACAGCGACAAGAUGUUUCCCCACAUCAUCUCUUUGCGCACCAGGUAUGCCUCGGCAGUGACAGACGGCUCACAGUACUUCAUCCUGCUCAUCAUCUCUGAUGGCGUGAUCACAGACAUGGCGCAGACCAAGGAGUCCAUAGUAAAUGCCUCGUCUCUGCCCAUGUCUAUUAUAAUAGUUGGGGUUGGACCAGCGGAAUUCGAUGAAAUGAUUGAGCUGGAUGGGGACGAAGAGAGGAUCUCAUCCCAAGGACGAUACGCGGAGAGGGACAUUGUUCAGUUUGUUCCUUUCAGAGACUACAUUGACCGACGAGGAAAUCACAUCCUCAGCAUGGCCCGUCUGGCUAAAGAAGUGCUGGCUGAAAUUCCCGACCAGUUCCUGUCCUACAUGAGAACCCGGGGGAUCAAACCUGGUCCCUUGCCACCUCCUUACACUCCCUGUCCACCACCAGCUAUCAACCCCCUUCUCACAAGAAGGGUAAGCCGAAUUUAAUGGCUUCCACCCCAGUAUUGGCCAGCCGGGUCUACUGUCCUCUCUUUACGCUUCACUCUUCACUGGAAGCUCCUAAGCACAUGGCAAACUUUGCCCGCAUCUUGCAUGUUGCACUUUUGGGAAUAUUUGGCUGUGAAGGGUGAUGAAGACAGCCCUGAGUGCUUCUUCUGUUUAGAAGACUGGACAAAAAGGUGUGGAUUGUGAAGGGCAGUGGUGGUGGUCUGAAAUCAACGAGCUGCACCAGGAAGAGUAAACAGGAAAGAAACUCGACAGACUGAAUCCAAGCUGUUCCCAUUUCCACUUCCUCUGUCUAAGUCAUGUCACUUGAUAUAUAAAUGUUUACAAAACUGAGGAGUGGAGUGGAUCUUUUAUUUUCCAGGAGGAAAUUUAUACAAAUAAAUGUGAAUACCUUUCCUAUUUUCCAGCUACAGAAACAGGAGAUUCUGACUUUGUACAAAAAUGUUUAGGCCCCAGUGCCAUAUAUGUGUGUGUGUGUGUACA